AUGAUCUUGGUGUACGGGAUCAUCCUGCCCCUCGUGGGAAGCCUCGCGUAUGCGCAAGAACUAAAGUGCGGUCAUCCGGCCGUGCCGAUGAACGCCAAGGUGUCAUUGUCUGAUGAAUCCUUGAGGCCCGGCACCGUGGCAAAAUACACUUGCGAUGCGGGCUACGAACUCUUUGGAACUGGCAGUUUGGUGUGCAGCCCACGAGGAAAAUGGCAGGGUGAUCUACCGUUCUGCGGUACGAACGUGGGUUUCCGCAAACCGGCGAAUCAAUCGACGACCGUGAGGGGCGGAAACGCGAAUCACGGUAAUGACGGUGACUUCAGCACCGAGCACGACGGGAAGAGAUGUACGGAAACUCAGAGCGAGCCCAGUCCCUGGUGGAGAGUCGACCUCCUCAAGCCAUAUUCCGUCAAGGUUGUUCGGGUGACGACGCGAGGCUGUUGCGGUCAUCAGCCUCUUCAGGAUAUUGAGAUAAGAGUAGGCAACAGCAGCGCUGAAUUACAGCGCAAUCCUCUGUGCGCUUGGUUUCCCGGUACUAUUGAGGAGGGUAUCACGAAGACCUUUAUCUGUGCCAGAGCACUCGUGGGACAAUACGUAUUUCUGCAACUUGUUGGUGUUGAGGGUAGUUUGAGCCUCUGUGAAGUAGAAGUUUUCGCUACUGACGAAUUCUCGGUAGACAGGUGCGCACAUGCCGGCACGCCCGCCGAUGCUGACUUGACCGCCUUCAAUUCUACGUGUUACGAAUUCGUAGUGAAGAAGGGCGGCUCUUUCCAGGAAGCAAGAAAUUACUGUAAAGGCCGCGGUGGCGAUCUCGUUCACGGUUUCAAGGGCAUAUCGUCUAUAUUUAUCCUGAACAACUUAGAAAGGCGGAAGGAUAAGCUGAAGACCCAAUUAGUCUGGAUCGGGGCUCAGAAGGAACCGCAGAUCACCGCUCGAACGUGGCGAUGGGUGGACGGCGACAUCGUGCAGAAGCCAUCCUGGGGCAAGGAUCAGCCAAACAAUUACAAUGGCGAGCAAAACUGCGUCGUACUCGACGGAGGUCGCGGCUGGCUCUGGAAUGACGUCGGCUGCAACCUCGAUUACCUUCACUGGAUCUGCCAGAGCAAGCCACCGACCUGCGGCAGUCCUGAAAAAUCGGAGAAUACGAUAAUUGUGGGAUCCAAGAGAACGAUAGGCUCUACGAUAGACUACGUUUGCCCGGAUGGAUACAUGUUGGUUGGAUCGAAGAGUAGAAUGUGCGAACCGAGCGGUUUUUGGAGCAGCGACGUGCCGACAUGUAAAUUCGUCGACUGUGGCGCACUGCCGAAUUUGGAGAACGGUGCUAUCACGCUACUGGACAACCGAACCACUCAUGGCGCUCUCGCGGAUUACACGUGUAAAGAAAACUACACGCUAAAGGGUGACUCGAGACGGAGAUGCGGUGACGGCGGUAUCUGGAGCGGUCACGAGCCCCAGUGUCUGUUCGACUGGUGUCCCGAGCCACCGGAAGUAAAUGGCAGCGUCGUGACAACUAAUGGAAAAAGAGUAGGUUCUACUGCCACUUACUCCUGUCAAAAUGGAUUUAUUUUGUUCGGAGACAAUGUCCUCACGUGUAACGUCGGUGGCGAGUGGUUUGGUAAAGCGCCGCAAUGUCGAUUCGUCGACUGUGGGGCCCCGGCUCAGAUCGAAUUUGGAACCGUCUCUCUAAUUAACGGCACGACCACCGUGGGCAGCCUGACCGUCUACACGUGUCAACAGGAUUAUUGGCUGGUGGGUGAAGGAAAGCAAGAGUGCACUAAAGAGGGCAAGUGGAGUCACGACACACCGUCAUGCGAGCUGAUCACAUGCGAGGAACCGGAAGUACCCACUGGAGGAUACGUAGUAGGAUACGACCUGAACGUUCACAGCGUUAUCGAAUAUCACUGCGACGUGGGUUAUUUGCUUCAUGGCGAAGCGAGACAUUCGUGCGGUAAAGACGGCGAAUGGACGGGAGAAGUGCCGAUUUGCGAAUAUGUCAACUGUGGCAAGGUUCUUCCGGUUUUGAACGGUGCGGUGGAUUAUGCGAACGAUACGACUCAUCUUGGCAGCGAAAUCACAUACAGCUGUACGAGAAAUUAUAGGCUGAAUGGUGUCUCGAGAAGAUACUGCCUCGAUAAUGGUCAAUGGAGCGACGCUACUCCGAAAUGCGAGGAAAUCCGUUGUCCGGAGCCCGUGCUGGCCGAACACGGAAUACUCUCAGUUACCGGAAACGAUCGCAUGUACGGUAGGACGUUGAUUCGCACGGGAACCGCGGAGAAUUCAAAUACGGGCGCUACCUCAUAUAAGAUCGGGGCCUUGGCAAAGUACAGAUGCGAGAGAGGAUAUAAGGUGGUCGGAGAACCUUUGUCCACCUGUGAAGAGAACGGAAAGUGGAGCGGCGAAGUGCCGCAAUGCAUCUAUGUUGAUUGUGGUAAACCGGAGCACAUUCAACACGGACGUUACACAUUGACAUCGAAUGCAACGUAUUAUGGAGCAGCCGCACUUUAUGAGUGUGACGGCAAUUUCGAGCUAGAUGGAUUUGCUAGAAGACUGUGUCUUGAAAACGGUACUUGGAGCAGCGAUACUCCUGUUUGUCGAGAAAUACGAUGCAGAGAUCCGGAGAAAACCGGCGUACUAUCGACACAAGUAUCGACUCACAGUGUGGGUGGUGUGGCGCACUAUAGUUGUCCACGUGGCUUUUAUAUGGAAGGAAACGAAACUAGGAUCUGUUUGCAAAAUGGCUCCUGGAGUGGAACAACGCCCGCUUGUUUUUCGGUCGAUUGUAAGCAUCCGGGGCCGAUAGAAAACGGUAGGGUGAUAGUAGUAAAUGGAUCGACGACUUAUGGAGGAGCUGCAGAGUAUCACUGCUUACCACAACAUGAAAGAAUCGGCAUAUUUCUAAGGAAGUGCUUAGACACAGGAUACUGGAGCGGCGAUGAGCCAAAAUGCGAAUUGGCCGCGAAUGAGGUGGCGGAACCUCAAGGUGUCGGUACGAGCGUUGGCAUCGGAGCUGGCGUCAUUAUCUUUAUAUUAAUUAUUCUCGGACUAGUCUAUCUUUGGCUACGAAAAGCUACGCCGGUGAAGAACACCGAGAACGUCCAAGCCGCAGAACGGAAAGAGGAUCAAAACGCCGCCGUCAUGUCUUACGCGACGUUGAACGACGGCACGCAUAACACCAUGUACGAAAACGUUCCUGAGGAUGGUCUCUACGAUAAUCCAUAUAGCUUAGGUGGUAGCGCGUAUAGAUACGGCGGCCAUCCGAGAAGAGUGUACGGAAGAUCCGGACAUUACGAGGCCGAGCCAAUUCCCAACAGAAACGGUAUUACCAUUAACGGCGUGUCUGUGCGAUAGCUCGUAAUUCCAUCGGCUUUCUUCAUCUUCGUCCAUGUUGGGAAUCGCGCGGAAAAUCUGUCGCUCUUGAGUGACUUUCGCCCGUGAUUUCCGUCGUUUUCGAAAAGUGUACAGAAAAUACCGAAGAACUUGUUGUCAUUAUUUAUAUUAUCGCCUGUUGAAGGCACGAUAGUACUUGUAAAUAAUUUGCGAGAAAAAGGGGGGGGGAGAAGAGACGUGCGAAAGUUGCGUACCGACGUCAUUUUCUUCUCUGAGGAUCAACUAUUUUGUAUGAUUCUGUAUAUACGAUGUAUCAAUCAUUUAGAUUCAUUACAUUUACGUAGACUCUAAGCGAUAUGUUGUAGCGUAAGUUUACGAUUGUGCGAAUAAAGAAACCAGUGCUCUUGUUGUACUUCA